CCGCCUUCGACUGUCACACAAACUACUAAACUAUACUAUCCGAUGGCAUGUGGGCCGACGCCCCCGCAUUUGUUUUCUCGGCGCAGCGUCGUCGGGAUUUUCCGCGCGCAGCCUGGAAAGGAAUAGAGGCAUCGACGAACCACCUUCAAUUUCUCUCUCUCUCUCUCUGUGUGCCCGCGGUGUUUUGUUUGAAGAUGUAGAGAGUUCCAUUCACACGGCCCGAUUUUGUUUGAAGAUGUAGAAAGUUCCAUUCACACGGCCAAAAGGGAAUCAGAGAUUCUAUCGGGUGAGAGGUCUGCUGCAGCCACUGCCAGUUCUCUGGCACUAGUCGCUCUUGGUGUGUUGUUGCUUUCACGGUUGCGAUGACAUCUUCAGGCCUUGACUUGCCUCCAGAUCAGGCUGGGGGCUUGCGAGAGAGAGAAAAUGGAGAUGAGGAGGAGGAGGACGAUGAAGAGGAAGAGGAGGUUUUGCUAGGACAUUGUGUGGAACCGGUAGAUCCUGAUGAUUUUGCCCCCGUUCGCUUCCCCAGCAAGGUAGGCGGUGCUCCGGUGUGGCUCGACCCAGUAAAUAUGCCAAGCGGAGACUGCAUAUGCUGUCAAGUGUGUGGAAAACCACUGGAUUUUUUGCUCCAAGUGUAUGCUCCUGUGGACUCCGUGGCAUCUGCCUUCCAUCGCUCUGUGUACGUCUUUGCAUGCCGAAAUCUUCAAUGCUUGCUGGAACACUCUCGGAUGCAGAACAAGGACGAAACGGUGCAGGAAGAAAGGAGUGGAGAAGGAGGAGGAAGUGCAGCUUCCUCAGCUUCGCCCUGCCUCCCAAAGAAGAAGAGUGUGAGGGCGUUCAGGUGCCAGCUUCCAAGAGCCAAUCAAUUUUAUCCGUACGAUGCCCCCAAACCUGCUGAUGAGGAACCUGUGUCGCUGCCUGCCCUAGCAACACCACCCUUAUGUGAAUGGUGUGCUACAUGGAAGGCUGAAAAGAGGUGUGGGGGUUGCCGGCGUUCACACUACUGCUCGAGGUGCCAUCAAGUUGAUCACUGGAAGGGGGGUCAUGCACCUGAGUGUCGCCACUUCCAGGCGCAGGCGAAAGAGUCGCAGCAGCCGGGAGCAUCUGGAAGAGCCACCGACUCUAUCACUUCAGCGCACGUGAUGGCACCAUGGAAGAGAGGAGCAGUGGCACGUGUCAAACCUGUGAAUCCGAGAGUGUGGCCAGAGUAUGCUUUGGAGGUUGAACCAGAGCCACUGGAGUCGGCGGAUGGAGAUGUCCUCAACGACACAGCAAACGGCAAAGAUGACGGAAACACACAAUGCUCCACGACGAGGGAUAGGAUUGCUGCGUUGCUUGCAGACUAUGAGCGGCGACUUAAGGAAGGGGAUGCGGAUUACCCCACAGAGGAGUUAAGAGAGACUGAAGAAGGUGUGGCUUCCCUGCAUGAGGGGCAGAAGCAAUGGGCAGAAUUCGAAUCCAGGGUGGCACGCGCUCCUCAGCAGUGUCUGAGGUAUUGCUACGCCGAGAGAGCAAAACCCCUUUGGCCCCAGUUGUCGUACCGCCCAACGCCUUCCAGAAUCGCUGCAUGCGGAAGAUGCAGGAGCCCCCGGAUUUUUGAGUUUCAGGUGCUGCCACAAAUUCUUUACUUUCUCAAAGUGGAUAGCAGUGAUGAGAAUGCGCUGGAUUUCAGCACCCUAGCCGUUUACACGUGCGCAAACUCUUGUGACACGCUAGUGGCAGGAGACGGUAGCGCAGGAAAGGAGGGAUCAUAUGUGGAGGAGCUAGUCUGGAGACUUAUUGCAGGUGUGUAUGUGGAAGAAGAAGAAGACGAAGAAGACGAAGAAGAGGAGGAGGAGGAGGAGGAAGAAGAAGAGGAGGAGGAGGAGGAGGAGGAGGAGGAGGAAGAAGAAGAAGAAGAAGAAGAAGAAGAAGAAGAAGAAGAAGAAGAAGAAACAAGAACAAGAAGAGGGGAGGAGGAGGAAGAAGAAGAAGAAAAGGAGAAGAAGAAGAAGAAGAAGAAGAAGAAGAAGAAGAAGAAGAAGAAGAAGAAGAAGAAGAAAAAGAAGAUGAUGUUUGGUGAUGGAGGAUGGCAUCCAAGAGGGGGGCAUGAAACGUGGGCGAAGAAGAAGAAGCAGAAGCAGCGAAAGAAGAAGAAGAAGAAGGGUGGUGGAGGAUGGUGGGCAGAGGGCCACGAGAUGGUGGCCAAGAAGAAGAAGAAGAAGAAGAAGAAGAAGAAGAAGAAGUGAAGAAGAAGAAGAAGAAGAAGAAGAAGAAGAAGAAGAAGAAGACGGCUGGUGGAGGAUGUUGGGCAGUGGUGCUCAAAAUG